GGUGCGAACACGGAGAAAAAAAUAAAAUGUCAGUUUUUGCAUGGAAAAUUAUUUUUCGACACUUUUUAUCUCCGUGCACACUUUUCGACAAACCUUGUGACGUCACAAAGUUUUGUUUUUCUUUUGGUUGGCAGACGGGCGAGUUGGUUUUGACGAAUCGGUGCCGUGAUUAUGGCCAUCUGCAGGGUCAAAGGAUGCAAAUCAACCAGAAGCAAUCCGACCGUAACACUGCACAAAUUCCCAAAAAAUCCAAAUGUGCGUGAUAAGUGGUUAAAGUUUUGCGGGUGUGCUGACGGCCAGAAUCUAUUUGUUUGCUCCCUCCACUUCCGGGAAAACGAUUACGAACACAUUUUUAUGCAAAAUGCAAAAAAAAUUCUUCAAAAAUCAGCUGUGCCUUCAAUCCGUGUCCCAGCGGUUGAAUCUGCUCGGGAUAACAGAGUAUCGUGUCGGAAUCGAAAGAAGCUGGUCGUGGAACUCUUGGAGGCGGACGAAAUUCGGAGCAAAGAAGCGGUCGAUUAUCAAAAGCUGUUACAUGAAGUUUACGAGCCGUUGAGCCCGUUUGAUUGGUUCCCUUCAGUGUCAGUAACCGAUCCCGCCAUCGUCCGACCGGAGAGUGUGAGACAGACGUCCGGAAUUCGCAGUCCUGCAGCCGAUGCUUCGGUGCCCGUUCCCGCCAUCGAACAACCGGAAAGUGUGGCCCUGACGUCCGGAUGUCGUAGUCCUGCAGUCGAUGCCGCCAUCGUCCGACCGGAAAGUGUGGGCCUGACGUCCGGAAUUCGCAGUCCUGCAGCCGAUGCUUCGGUGCUCGUUCCCGCCAUCGUCCGACCGGAAAGAGUGAGCGUGACGUCCGGAAGUCGAAGUCCUGCAGUCGAUGUUUCGCUGCCCGUUCCCGCCAUCGAACAACCGGAAAGUGUGGCCCUGACGUCCGGAUGUCAUAGUCCUGCAGUCGAUGCCGCCAUCGUCCGACCGGAAAGUGUGGGCCUGACGUCCGGAUGUCUCAAUCUCUCAUCGUAUCAUCCUGCUUAUUUGUCAGAAGAUCUGUCCAUGGUGGAACCGCUGGACGACAGUUGUCCUUUCCAAAUGGAAAGUUGCUUGACCAGCUCAACAUACGAAGCAAUGGAUACAUCCGGACUGCAACUUCUGUGUGAUGCAAUUUCCUUCACUGAUCUCACCGCGAACAUGAGCGAACAUCUGCCAAGAGAGAAGCUUUCAGGUUAUGUUCCGGUCAAGCGUGGAACGGUGCAGAAAAUUAAACUGCAAAAUUACAAUCACCGAAGGACUAUUCAUAACCUGCGCGCUGAGCUCAAAGAGAGGGACAAACUCAUCAGAUCACUUCGAAGGGAGAGUGAACGAAAAUCCAAAGAUUUAGAGCUACUCCGAACUCAAAUUGCAGACUGUUCAGCUUCUCAUGAACAACUAAUCCGAAUCGAAGUCUACAAGGCCUUUGGAAAGAUUUUUACGAAAAAUCAGAUCGAUUUGAUUCUUGGGCUAAAGAAAAAGGUUAAAUGGACUGACGAGGAAAUAAAGUUGGCGUUUGCACUAAGAUACCACAGUCAACCCGCCUACGAAAUGGUGAGAAAAGAGCUCAAAAUACCCCUGCCGUGCCUACGUAGACUGCGAGAAUUUGCAUCCGGCAUCAACAUGAGAGGGGGAGUGCUAUUCGACGUAUUGUCCGUUCUGGAAUCUACCGGCAAGUUCAUGUCACCGAGAGAGCGAGUCGUUAUAGUGGGGUAUGAGCUAGAUGGACAGAACUACGUGCAAAGGUACAUGGCGAAAUCGCUGAUGAAGAACCACGACUGGACCGGAAAUUACACAUACCAACUGGAGAGCGGCACCGAGCAACAAUUUGGGAAAAAAAACUACGUGGAAGAUCUCUCACGGGGAGGGCUAGUUCAACCAUCCCAACAAUGGGAAGAACUGGCCGAACAAAUGGAAGACUAUUUCAACCCCAUUCACAAUCUUGGAAAGGAUAAAGAGGAGCCCGGCUUCAGGGACAGCACAAAUGUUUGCCAAAAAUCUAUUCAAAAGAUGACGAAAACGUUUCCCGAUGUGCCAGCAGAUGUUAUAAAAACUUUCGUGAAAAAACGAAUCAAUAUUCGUGUUCGACACCUAAAGAAGCAGAUCCAGGAGAAGAAACAUCAUCGAUUCAAAAUCAUGAAAAACAAUAAGAAAUCGAAAAAUGAAGAGAAAAAAUCAGAACUCAGCAAGAACCAGAAAAAAAUUAAACAUUUUACUACAUAAAUAUCGUUGAAGACUAUUCUUUUUACUAUUAUAACUAAAAAUAUGUGAAACAAACUGAAAUAAAAAUCGUUUCAUACAUAUUUUUGUUUACAUCAUACACUUUAUUCACACAGAGAGAAAAACUUAACUGUAUACCGUUAUCUGGGACGAAUCGGGACACAUGAGGCGAAUUUGUACAGUGUCUUAGCCCUUUUAUUGUAUUUUCAUAUUUAAAUCUUUUUAGUGCUCUAAAAACUGCUGUCACGAUUCGUCCCAGUUUACGGUAUCAACCCAAUCCUCCUAAUUUCAUAAAAAAAAUUAACAAACUAAUAAACAUUCCAAAUGAUUUGAAAUCGUUUCGCAAGAAAUUGUACUAUCAUUGCAAUUCAAAUUAAAUUCAUUUAUAUAUUUUUCUGGAAUCAGCAAAUCCUUAUUUAAUGCUUAAAACAACUGUAUGUACCUGCUUUUUAUUCUUUUAACCCUGUUUGUCUCGAAAAUCACCGUUUAAUUUAAAAUUGAACAAAUUUUCAUUCAAUUCCCUAUACUAGCCAUAAGAAACGAGAACGUUGUGACGUCAUCACAUGAAGGAUCGCAAAUGUUGACACUUUUUUGCUUACUAAUACUAAACCAACACGUUUUCAGCCCAACCUUUCUUACAGUAACCUUG